GCAACAAAAUGGCACUACUUGGUAGACGGAGAUCGUCCUUCCUGAAGCUCGCUGCCCUGUGCGGCGUAGUAUGGUUUAUGGCUGUGUUUGUACUCUACUCGGACGAUGCUAGCCGGACGGGCCCGAGUGGAAGCGGUAGUGGUGCGGCAAGCGGUAGUGGAGCGAUCGAGUACGAAACACCCCGCCGGUUACCACUGGAGGGGAUACGGAAUAAGUUCAAUCAGUUCAUCGAAAACGCACGUCUAGAUGCUGAACGGCAGGAUCCGGUCGUGCCGGAAGUUCAAGCGCCGGAUGUAAAUUUUGUCGACAACAAUCGGCUGGAGGAUGGUGACGAAGGUGACGCAGGUGUCGGUGGUGUUGACCCAGACCUGGAUGAGCCACCGGUAGUGAAGACAGUGAAAGAUACACCGUCAAAGCCAAGCAGGGUGCCAGAACACGGCGGUGGUCUUCAACUGCCUGGUGUGAUCGCACCACCGAGUGACGCACCGGGAGAGCUAGGAAAACCGGUCAUCCUUCCGAAAGAAUUAACACCCGAAGUGAAAAAGCUAGUCGACGAUGGAUGGGCCAAGAACGCCUUUAACCAGUAUGUGGCGGACAUGAUCUCCAUUCGGCGCACGCUGCCCGAUCCACGUGAUGCGUGGUGCAAGGAUACGGACCGCUACAUGCAAGAUCUGCCACCCACAUCCGUCAUUAUUUGCUUCCACAAUGAGGCGUGGUCGGUGCUGCUGCGUACCGUGCAUUCCGUGCUCGAUCGUUCGCCGGAUCAUCUUGUGAAGGAAGUGAUACUCGUGGACGAUUUCUCCGAUAUGCCUCACACGCAGAAGAAAUUGGAGGAGUACUUCCUAGCGUACCCGAAGGUGAAGAUCGUCCGGGCAGCAAAACGAGAAGGUCUUAUUCGUGCCCGUCUGCUUGGCGCACGUCAUGCAACAGCUCCGGUGCUAACAUAUCUAGAUUCACACUGCGAAUGUACUGUCGGAUGGCUGGAGCCGUUGCUUGAUCGUAUCGCGCGCAACUCAACGACUGUGGUCUGCCCCGUGAUCGACGUGAUCGAUGACAACACGAUGGAGUACCACUAUCGCGAUUCGGGUGGUGUAAAUGUUGGUGGAUUCGAUUGGAACCUGCAGUUUAACUGGCACGCUGUACCGGAGCGUGAAAAGCGCAAACAUAAGAGCUCCGCGGAACCCGUCUGGUCACCAACGAUGGCGGGUGGUUUGUUUGCGAUUGAUCGCGUCUUCUUCGAACGGCUCGGCACGUACGAUUCUGGGUUCGAUAUCUGGGGUGGUGAAAAUUUGGAACUUUCCUUCAAGACGUGGAUGUGCGGUGGUUCGCUAGAGAUUGUACCCUGCUCGCACGUCGGUCACAUCUUCCGGAAACGUUCACCUUACAAGUGGCGAACAGGUGUGAAUGUGAUCAAACGCAACUCGGUCCGUUUGGCCGAGGUUUGGAUGGAUGAGUAUGCACAGUACUACUACCAGCGUAUUGGUAACGAUAAGGGUGACUACGGUGAUGUUAGCUCGCGCAAGAAGCUGCGGGAAGAGCUCGGCUGUAAAUCGUUCCGAUGGUAUUUGGAUAACAUCUAUCCGGAGCUGUUCGUGCCGGGAGAUGCUGUUGCGUCGGGAGAGGUAAGAAACAUGGGUUACGGUAAUCGAACCUGUCUGGAUGCGCCUGGCGGCAAGCGGAACCUGCGGAAACCGGUCGGACUCUAUCCGUGCCACAAUCAGGGUGGCAAUCAAAUACGGAACCUGUGGUCUAAUCUGUGUAUCGAUUCGGCGGCAAAACCCGAGGACAUGCAUUCGCCGUUGGGCGUCUGGCCCUGCCAUCAGGCCGGCGGUAACCAGUACUGGAUGCUGAGCAAAACGGGAGAGAUCCGACGGGAUGAAGCAUGUCUCGAUUACGCCGGCGACGACGUUGUCCUGUACCCGUGCCAUGGUUCCCGGGGCAAUCAGUACUGGAACUAUUCGGACGAUACGCACCUGCUGCGGCACGGUUCGUCCGACAGGUGUUUGGCGAUCAACGAGGCAAAGAAUAAGCUGAUCAUGCAGGACUGUAAUUCGGCUGUCGAGGCACAACGGUGGUCGUUCCAGAAUUAUGACGCUAGCAAGCUGUGA